CAAUAAAAGAGUGUAUAAAAAAACCUUAUUUUCUAGAUUACUCUAAUUUAGCUAAUCUGUAAUCAGUUCGUCUCAUAAUUGGUAAUUUGGUCUCGAAUUGUAUUUGAUCAAAUCGCUUAACUUUUAACAAUUUUUGCUUAAGGAGAGCAUUCAAUUGCUGCUUUCUCGAAUUGGAUUGAGAAAUUGAGAGCUUGCAGUUUCUCUGUUUGGUUCUAAAGAUCAAUCAUUGUUUUGAGUGACUAAACUGACCACUUGUUUUUGUGUUGGAUUGAUUUGAAUGAGUUUUGAAUAAUGUGUUAACCUCCAUUGACGAACGAAGGAGCACAAGAAAAUGGCUGCAUCUGUUCGUUCUGACCAAACCUGGGAUUUUUGCUGUAAUUUGGAUGUGAAUUUCGAGUCAGAAGAACAUGCUUCGAUUGCUUACACAUCAUUGGCUGUUGAUAAAGAGCCUGAUAAGGUGAGAAGAGUUAUGUCGGUAUCAAACAACAAGCUUUCGGUGCAUUUUGAAGCAAUAGAGGCAAGGCUUCUUCGCGCUUCCUUCUCUGCGUUUGUAGACGUUCUUACACUGGCCACAAGAACAAUUCAAGAAUUUGGGCUAAAGUAAAAAAAAACACCAAUGUGGAACUAGAUAUUUUCAUUCUUUCUCAUUUCUCACCGACCGAGAACUCAAAAUUUACGAUGUGUUAGUCAAUUCAAUUCAGUGGUUGCUUUGAGCACAGAUCUUACGAUUUUUAUUCAAUUGACAAUGUAUUAUUUAUGUAGUGUAAAUUGGAUUUGAGAAGUGAAGAAAGAUGAACAGAGUUAUU